AUGAAAACAUCAAAGGAGGACUUUUCUUUUUAUUCAAUUCUGAUGUCAAACAGUUCACAAGUGAAAAGGAUCUCAAAUAAUGAAAAUAAUCAGAGUGGUACAAUUUCGACGAUGUCUAAAUCGAGGAGCAUUAAGAGGCUUAGCUCUAUUAGCAAAAAUAAAAUUUUAAAAAUUGAAUUUCCGCCUUAUCACAAAAUAAAGGUGGAUACAUUAAAAUGGGAGAAGCAGCUUGACCAGGCACACACCAGCUACCUCAUGAGGGAGUUCAAGCCGUUCAGCAGUUCGGAACUGAUUCUGCACAUGUUUAGUGACAAUGCGAAUAUGGUUAACAGGAGCAUCCUCUUCUUUAAGGACUACCUGAACAACAGUUCCAACCAGUCGACGUUCUUCUCCAAGUCUGGCUUCCUGGACCUACUGCUCAAGUGGAUCUUCUACACCCUGAAUGGCCACCAAAACAACAACGAGCUGCUUUGCGCGUGCAUAAAUUUGCUGCGGAUAAUUCUAAAAACGAUCGAGGACAACUACGUGUACCUGAAUGAGCAGGAGCUGGUCAUUUUGGUCAACUUCAUUUGGGACCGCAUGAACAGCGGGGCGACCUCCUCGGAGAUGCGAAAAAAACUGAAGGAGAUCCUCCUCUGUCUGUGCUAUAUCUCGGACCACAAGCUUUACUUUUCCCUCCUGUUGAAGAACCUUUCGUCGUGCAACCAGAAGCGUAUAUGCGACUCUCUGGACAUAAUUUUGAAGCUGAUCAUUCUGUACAAGGAGAAAUGCCUGCACCUUGAGAAGGACGUGAUGAAAAUUUUGCAAGUCUUCACAAUUCACAGCAAAAACAAAAACGUGACCAUUUACUGCCUGAAGAUUUUUGCGAACAUCCAGUCCUUCUGCCCCAACUUUUACAAGUGCAUUGACAACGACGACAUCUCGACCUACCUAAAAAGGAAAGUGGACGAAUUUGUUGAGAACUGCCCAGAUUACAAAAUUACCCCGAAGGACACCGAGGACGACGAAAAUAACAGCUCCUACCAAAGCGACGAUUCCGAAGGCGUCCCCAAAGAGGAGGGAAACCACGAACUGGCGGCCUACUUGAAGAACAACGCAAAUCAGAGGAACUCCAUAAGGAAGGAAGUGGAAGGACACGUGAACGAGUUCCGCAAAAACGUGGAGGAAGUGCUGGAGGUAAAAAAAAAAAUUGAAGAAAUCGAAAUGGAUCGAACAAAUGAAGACUACAUGAACGACCAAAUAUCCUACGUGAGCAUCUCCAACAAUUUAAAAUUUGCAAUUGAGGGAAACAGCUACUCGAGGAAUAAAGAAAUUUUCCACAUUUUGGAAUCUAAAAAUAAUGAGAAGGUGGAGGGAUCAAACAGCUAUGAGAAUUCUCUGGUGUAUUUCCGCUUCGUGUACUUGGCUUCUUUUCUCUACUCCAAUGAUGUGGAAACCAUUUCGAAGGUGUGCAAGCUCAUCGUGGAUAACAUCGUGCAGGUCGGGAAGAAAAGCAAAAACGGGAAUUUCAUCCUGAAGGAGAACGGGAACUACAUUUUUAAAAAUUUCAAUUUGUUUAUAACCCUAAUAAAGGGAGCGAACUACUCUCUGAGGUUCCUAUUCCAGAAAAGUUUUGCCAAAGACAUAAAUGCAUCGUUCAUUCACUUUAAUGCAAUCCUGAGCAAUGUACUAUUAGUUGACAUAUUAAUGAAGAAGAAAAGCUGCAUCGCUAGACUGUCCUUCAACCACUUCUCCUUUUUUUUUAUAAAUACAAUAGUGUGCUUGAGUAUAUAUACCAAAGUUAUUCACACGAACAAGUACAUUUACUUCUUUAAAAAUGGAUCAAUUGCGAGAAGUCUUGUAACCAGUAUUCUUAACAACCUACUUGGGAGAGAAUUUCUGACAAGCCAUUCUAAGCUACUCGAAUAUGUAUGUAACGUAUCCCUAAACCUAGGGUUCGAUAUUAUGAAAAAUAAAAAUAUCCUUUUAGACGAUCUGAGUGAUACGAGUGAAUUUUAUAUCUACACAAAUACAUACAUCAAAAUAUUGAAUAAAAUUUAUAAAAAGAUUAUGAAUAAAAUUUGUGAGGAAGAUCGGAAAGACAAUCCUUUCGUGUAUAGGAUUUUACACCUUUUGUUUUUAAAUUUGAACAGGUAUGACAUUUACUUGGGUAGGAUGCAGGGCGACCGGAACAGGAAAAGGAAAAUGGAAGACGAGCAUGAUGAGGUCCCCGUCGGGGGGAGUCUCAACUCGGGCUCCUUUUACAGCAAGAAGAUAUGCAACAGUGAGAGGCUCAGCGAGAGGCCCAAUGAAAGGCUCAGCGAGGAUGCGACUGGCGGGUGUGGAGGUGCCCUCCUCCCCGGGGAGAACUCAGAUCAUUGCAUUUUUGACUGUCGCGCGAUUUAUUAUGAAAACUUGGGCGCGGUUCAUUCUGGUGGGAAUAACAUCGCCGGGGAUGGCAACGGUGCAGUGAUUACUGGAAGCGGUGUAGUGACUGCUGGCAACGGUGUAGUGACUGCUGGCAGCGGUGCAGUGACUACUGGAAGCGGCACAGUGGCUUCGAGCUGCCCCGUCGGGAACAGUGACACCCUGAGCUGUGGCAACGCGGCGAGGGGAGGCUUCGGCGCGGUGAGGGGAAAUCUCGGAACGGGCAGGGCGAGCAACGCGGGAAGGGGCAGCAUCCCCCCGCGAGCAAGCAACACGCAGGUUCGGUUGAGCAGCACACAGCUUCGAUCGAGCAACACGCAGGUUCGGUCCAGCAACACACAGCUGCGAUCGAGCCAUACACAGCUGCGAUCGAGCAAUACACAGCUGCGAUCGAGCAAUACGCAACUUCGAUCGAGCAACACACAGCUGCGAUUGAGCGGUACCAGCAGGACGGCGAGCGUCACCCAAGAGGUGGAGAAUGUGCCCAGUGUGGACGCACCCAAGCGAGCAUGGAACAACACAAACGAGACCCCCUACUCGAGGGAAGAAGCAAACAAAGUACACACAAGCAGAAUGGAAUUCAUGACCAAGUACCUUUUUUUCAUUCAACUUAUUUUUUAUGGAAUCAAAAAAAACAACCCACUAAUUUUACUAGCUUAUAUAAACCACGAAAUAAAAAAAACCUACUCAGUGAACCUACCCUUCUAUUAUCAAAAAAUGGAGUUAUUGUUGAAUAAAGACGUGAGGAGUUGUGUCCCAACGAUCAAUGUAAAUACAUCAGAAGAGUUUUAUGGAAUGGAUUUUUCUUUCGAGCAGUUUCUACAUGAAAAUGAAAAUUUGCAAAAAUUAGAAGAACCCAUUUUUAGUUCAUACAAAAAUGUAUUCAGUCAGUAUGCUAAUUUUGACUCAGAAAUUAUUUACAACAAUUUCGAUCUAUCCAUUGAUGAUGCAAUACAUAAGAAAAAAGAGUUCCUUGAAUCGCUAAAAAUGAUGAACGUUAAUGAAGUGACAUUCAGUUCAAACAAGUAUGAGCAUUUGAAAGCAGCUAUUUUGGAAUACAUAAACGAGUUGGAGAAUACAGAGGUGCUAGAUGAUGUUCCGAAUGUUGACCUGGUGUCGGAUUAUAACUUUCUUUGCACCAUGUAUAGGAUUCCGAAGGAAUUGGAGAAGCAGCCCCCAGCAGGGGGAGGCGGUGCGGUGGGAGACGGUGCAGUGGGAGGCGGUGUAAUGGGAGACGGUGCAGUGGGAGACGGUGCAAUGGGAGACGGUGCAAAGGGAGACGAUUCAAAGGACCACCCCGUAGGAAACCCCCUCGAAGAAAACCACCGCGCAGACAAAGGGAGCGACACGAAUGUGAUCCAGCGAGACGAUCAAAAGGUGCCCAAUUGGGGGAACGGGACGAGGAAUGUAGCAGAGCGGAAGGGUGAAGGCAACCCGGGGAAACCCAAUCAAAGGGAGGAGGGAGAAGGAGAAGCAGAAGAAGAAGGAGAAGAAGAAGCAGAAGAAGAAGGAGGAAACCAGGAGAAACCCAAUCAAAGGGAGGAAGAAGAAGAAGAAGGCAACCCGGGGAAAACCCAUCAAAGGGAGGAAGAAGACAAACGCCGCCAAGGGAACGACCACACAGAUGGAAGAAGCGCCCAAAAUAACUUCCCCCAAAAGGAGAAGAAAGACGUGACAUUUAUUAGUCGAAGUAUCUAUCUACGAAAUGACACCGUUGAAAAUAUUGACAUGAAUGAACUGCGAUUCAAGUAUGACUCUGCUGUGAGGGAGUCGCCCUGUGGUAUGGCUGAGAAGGGAAAUUACGGAUUCUGCAUGAAAGAUGGUAAAGAGAGUGAACCGAAUCAAAGGGGUACCAACUCAGGGAUGGUCACUAAAGAAGGAAUGGAAAUCCACUCUGUAGAAAAGAAGUAUCACCCCAGUGCUGUCUACGAUAUGAAGGACCCCUUAAAUAUUUUUAACAGUAGCAGAUUUGAAGCACAUAGAAGACGUGGAGGGGACCAAAAUGAAGAUCCGCUGAAGAUACACACAGAUCAUCAAAGAAGGGGGAGCAGUCAGGAUAAACAAAGCCAUUUUUACUCCGACCCGAGCAAGUACCAAGCGGAGCAGAAACACACAAAUAAUAAUCCGCAUAGUGGUCAUAAGAAUAUACACAAUGAAGAGGGCGCACAAGGGAAUAAAACAGAUUAUCGCAUUAGC